AUGUGUAAAAAAAGGGAAUCAGAAACUGCUAAAGAACGUGAAAGGCAUUUAAAAAGGGAAUGUGAGUCAAGACGUCAGAAAAGAACAAAACGUCAACUAAAGAACAAUAAUGCUCAGAACCAGGAUACUAAUUCAUUGCAUAUAGAAUCACCUUCUAUUAAUAAACUUGCAAAUAAAUUAUGUUCUAUUUGUAAGGAAUAUUUUCCAUUAAUUGAGCUUAUAGGCAUAAGAAAAGAGUGUCAUCAUUGUUAUUAUGAUACUAAAAAUAUUAUAAAAAAUUCUCAGAAGAAAACAAUAUGGAUCCAGGAUGUAUCAGAGUUUACAACUAGACUUCCCUGGUAUCUAUCAUCAGUAAAUAUUCUUGUUGUGCAUCGUCUGUCUGCAAAUAGUAUAGAAUUUAAGAUUUUAAUGUUUGUCAUAUUAAG